GCCGUAGCCCAGCGCGGAGGCUGGGCGAGGGCUCUGCUAGAAGAGAGUUCACGGAAGUGCAGGUUCUGGGAGGUCGCCGUGGGGUCAGGAGAAAAUCAAGUCCGCGUGUGGAUCUCUGCGUGGAGCAGGAUGAGAGGACCGAGGUGUCUUUCCUCAAGUCCAAGCUCCUCUCCUACGCCUUGUUUGCAAAUCUACUUUGGAUUUCGACAUCUCUUUUCGAUCCUGUAGAAAUGAAAGCUUUGGAGAUCUAAAAUGAAACACAUCUAAAUAGCCUGCAGGUCCUGGCUCCCUGAGCAAGAUACAUCAGAUGACGUGAGAAAGUUCCAGGACUCGGAUAUCAUCAUUAGUGGGAGCACCAUUGACCAGAGACUAAGAUUUCUAACCAGAAGUUUAGGGCAGUUUAAGAAGAGACCCAAGAGACAUCUUUGUCUUUGGCCAUUGCCCAAAAACAGAAGAGGAUGAUCAAGGACCAGGGAUCGCUGACCCUAGAGGAUGUGGCCGUGGACUUCACGUGGGAGGAAUGGCAGCUCCUGGCACCUGCCCAGAAGGCCCUGUACCGGGACGUGAUGCUGGAGAACUACAGCCAUCUGGUGUCCGUGGGAUAUCAGGCCAGCAAGACAGAUGUGCUCUCCAGGUUGGGACGAGGAGAACUCUGGACGGUAGAAGAUGAAAUCUGUGGUCAGAUUUGUCCAGAAAUGAGGAAAGGUGACUGUCAUCUCCAGGAGCACCUGCAAAAUCAAAGAUGUCCAAGGGGAAUGGAACGAUGUCACAAACAAAACGCACUUGGCAACAUCGUUCACUGGAGCAAAAAUAACUUUCCUUUAAGGCAAAAUCAUGAUGUAUUUGACUUACAUGGGAAAACACUGAAAUCAGAUUUAAGUGUGGUCAACCAGAACAGAAGCUGUGAAGUCAGGAACCCUGUGGAGGUUAAUGGAGAUAUGAAGUCCUUCCUCCAUGCAAAGCAUGAACAAUUCCAUCCUGAAAUUAAGUCUCCUGAAGGUGGACGUUCUGUGAAGACAAAUUCACAAUGUAUUAGGCACCUAGGAACUCCAAAAAUCAGUAAAGCCCACGUAUGCACUGAAUGUGGGAAAGCCUUCGUCAAGAAGUCCCGCCUCACCUAUCAUCAGAGAGUUCACACAGGAGAGAAACCUCACGGGUGCAGUGUAUGUGGGAAAGCCUUCUCCAGGAAGUCCAGGCUCACUGAACAUCAGAAGACUCAUAUCAGAGAGAAACAGUAUGCAUGCAGCGAGUGUGACAGAGCUUUCCCCAAGGUAUCACGGCUACUUAUCCAUCAGAAGACUCAUACAGGAGAGAAACCCUACGUAUGCAAUGAAUGUGGGAAAGGCUUCAUCAAGAAGUCUCGGCUUGUUAACCAUCAGAGAGUUCAUACAGGGGAGAAACCUCACGGGUGCAGCCUGUGCGACAAGGCCUUCUCCAGGAAGUCCAGGCUCGUCGAGCAUCAGAGAACUCACACAGGAGAGAAACCCUACGAAUGUACCGAAUGUGAUAAAGCCUUCCGCUGGAAAUCACAGCUCAACUCGCACCAGAAAACUCAUACAGGAGAGAAGUCUUAUAUAUGCAGUGACUGUGGCAAAGGCUUCAUCCAGAAGGGCAAUUUCAUCGUACAUCAGCGAACUCACACAGGAGAGAGACCCUACGUAUGCAGUGAAUGUGGCAAAGGCUUCAUCCAGAAGGGCAAUCUCCUUAUACAUCAGCGAACUCACACUGGAGAGAAACCUUACGUAUGCACUGAAUGUGGGAAAGGCUUCAGCCAGAAAACGUGCCUUAUCUCACAUCAGAGAUUUCACACUGGAAAGACUCCCUUUGUAUGCACUGAAUGUGGAAAAUCCUGUUCACACAGGUCUGGUCUCAUUCACCAUCGGAGAAUUCACACAGGCGAGAAGCCCUACACGUGCAGCGACUGUGGGAAAGCCUUCAGGGACAAGUCAUGCCUCAACAGACACCGAAGAACUCACACAGGAGAGAGACCCUAUCGCUGCGCUGACUGUAGGAAAGCCUUCUCCCACUUGUCCUGCCUUGUUUAUCACAAGAGGAUGCUGCAUGCGAGAGAAACGGGGAGCUUCAGUCAAGUUGGAGAAUCCUUUCUCAAAGAGUCCCGGCUCAUCACAUUCGAGGGAUAUUGUACAGGGGGAAGCCGCUGUUACCGUGGUGACCCUGCAGGCGCCUUCCGUGGCAGCUCAGACUCCAUCCCACAUCAGUGGGUUCCUGGCAGAUAGGAGCGUAGCCCUGGGGGGACAGCCAGGUGCCAGUUACACAGCAUCCGCGGGUCAUGUUUGCACAGAAUAGAAACCUAAUGAAUGCGGUGAAUGUGGCAGCACCUUCAGUGACCAGUUACAUGAUGUUUUAUGUCACAAAAAACACACAGGGAUAAACUGAAACAAUCCAGCUGGAAACCCUUGAAUAAAACCUCGCUCACUGUGUGCGGGUGAGUAUAUACCGAGACAAAUAUGAGCAGGGACUGGGAAAGCCUCUUGUGGAAAGACAGACCCUCUCAGAGCUUCAUGGGUCACGUACCAUCAAUGAGGUCAUAGUUGGUAGAAAUAUAAUGACUGGAAAAGCCCUUCCCGAGAAAAAAGACUUCAGUAGGUAUCAGAGUUCACACAGGAGAGAAACUGUCGGACCCUUGAAGGCAGUACGUGUAGCAGGGUUGUCAGUGGCACGUUCUGCCUCGUCAGUUGGCAGAGGGAAUAGUGGAGAAAUGAAAUUCUGGACUUACCAGCUGUGGAACAUCUUCAGCAAAAUAUCAGAAUGUGCACAAAGCGAAUAAACCCUGUGAAAAUGAAGAAAAUUUUAGAGAUGUCUCUAACCAUUCUAACAACAGUACGUCAGGUAAAAUACAUAGUGUACAUUUUAGGACAACAGACCUUGAAGCAACUCCUGGUUGGUAUGUCAGCGGCUCCUUACUUGAAAGGAGGUUGGCUCUGGUGUACGUCGUUGGUUAAAGUUCUAAUGCAGUGCACCCCCCUCUUUUGGGAGGAGGGGUGCAUGAGAUUCCUUUUCCCACCCAGGAUCAUUACGUGGCUAGCUCUGAGAUUCCUUCAGUUCUAAAUUUAUUCAAUUUAUUAUUUCAGACUCCCCAAAUCCUUCAGAAGGAAAUGGAAUACAUUCCAUUCAGUAAUGUAAUAGAGCAUGUUUGACAGAGCAUGUUUGCAUGCUUAACUUUAUAAAUCUCACCUGGAGGCACACAGCUCAAAAUUUGCAGACAACCUAUCAGCCGAGCUCUUGCCCUAGGAGACAGUUUCCAGCCUGUGCACACACCACUCAGAACAACUUCAACAACUAUUUCCUUUACCUGGUGCUGUUCUAGGACCUAUAGAUGAUGACAGUGAUGAACUUAACAGAAAUUCCUUGCCACCUUUGAGCUGGCAAUUUUUUAAAAGCUAGGUUUCAAGCCUGUAGCAGUUUUACCCUCCAGCAAAGAUAAUCAAAGGCUGUGUACACCUACAUUCGUUGAAAAGGAUGUAUAAUAUAAAGAACAAAAUACCCUGAUAACUUCCUGUUCAAGGGACAUAUUGGAUGGGAAACAGGAAAGAAUUCACUUAAUUUUACAUAAAAUAGGGUAUGGAUACUUAUUUUUUAAAUGUCCACAUCUCAUCACUUCACCUCGAUGAUAAAUUCCUUGACUGUUUAUAGAUAAUUGAAUAUUCCCCAGCACAUGGAAAAAUUGAGAAUUCAUUAUAUGUAGAUUUGAAAAUAAAUGAAGGUGAGUGAGUGAUGUAAGGGACUAAUCAAUCAAAAUUAUUUUUGUCAAAGAAGGAAAGAAGCUUCUGGAAAGAAAUUCCAAGGAUCACAAUUACUCCAAGAAACAUUUAUUUUAAAAAUAAGCCUGAACAGAGGCUCCUGCUGGAAUGUGAAAGAGCAGAGCAGAGGAGGAGGAGGGUCCGUAGAAUAAAACCAAUCAAUGGACGAAAAUAACUUUCAAAAUAGAGGAUGGUACGCGAGGAUGUGGGGAGGUGAGAUCCCUUUGGAUGUCUUGGAGGAAAAACGCUUAGAUUUGUCCGCAGGCCCGUCACCUUGUAGAGCUGCCAGCAUCUCAAAGAUCUAAGCUCUGUAACCUGAGAAAUUGAGACAUGUGGUUUAGCCUCAUCAUUUUCAUUGUCCUGGGAAGGGGGCCCUUGUCCUCUCUUCUAUACUCAGGGUUUUUCUCUUGAUCCAAUAAAGAUCUAUCCAGUUUAAAAA